AGCAUGGAGACGGACUAUGGAAAUGCCUUUAUUUUCAGAGCUUUCAUUGCCAUACAACUUGUCAGCGCAAGCAGUGCUGAAAUUUGUCUUGAUUGCUCGCUAUCGUUAGGACAAUGCCAUGAGGUAGCUAGAUGCGGCCCUCACGAGAAAUGCUUCGCAGAUGUUAUUUCCAGUCCCCAUGGCGAUCUGCUUUACUCGUUCGGAUGUAGAGAUUCACUACAAUGUACAACACAAGGGAAAAGGCAGGCGCGUUCGAACAUGAUUUGUUCUCAAUGUUGUUCCGGCGAUCUCUGCAAUGAUAAACUAUGCGGAUACAAAUACGGUCACAUUUCCAGUGCUGGUCCCGUGUGCUUUGACUGUCAGGAGGCAACGGCUGCUGACGCCUGUUUCAAGAUCAAACAGUGCAGCCGAGAUGACGUAAUUACCAAUUGGCAAACCCAUAAUGUUUAUGAUUACUCUGAAACAAUCACAAGAUGA